UUUUUUUACAUUACAUUCUUUGUUACUAUGGGAACUUCCUCAUGACACUAAGCUUUAAUUAUUUUGAGUUAGAUUCAUUUUAAACAACCCGAAAGACAAGCUUACUUUCCUAUUGUUACAUUACCAUGGCUAUGGAAGAUAGUGAUGUGAAACAACUCUCUAGUCACGAUCAUGAAGUGCUGGGAGUGGAUUUUUGCUCUGGGUACACAGAUAUUUUUGGAAAAUGGAACACGGGAUUUGAUUGCCCUCGUAUUGGUAAUGGGGAGACAGUCUACUGCUGUGGAACUGGGACCUACAAAUAUUGCUGCACAAGGAGAGACCAACACACAGGAUCAGGGAUUAGCCAAUCAAUAGUAUUGGGGUCAGCAUUAGGUUCUGUAAUGGUUAUUAUAUUGGUCUCUCUUGUGUCAUGUCUCAUAUGCAGAAGAUGUGUUCCAUACAGAAGACAACACCCUUCCCUGAAUGGUGGUCCCCUCUACGCCCUUCAUUGUAGCAGUACAGCAAGUGAAAUGGCAAAUGUGUAUUCAUUUCCUGGUCAACCUUCAAUCGUUACUACUCCAAUGGAUAAUACGCGCGUAUUAGUAGAUUUAGAUGCUCCAGAACACACAUAUACUGUACCCAUGAAUCCCCAAAGAGGUCUUGCCAGGCAUUUAGUUGCAGGAGGUGUUUCAGUUAGGUGUCAAACUCCAACAGAUCCUCCUCCAUCUUACACAGAAGCAAACGCAUUAUCUUCCGAUAUCAGUGCCAUAGAAGGAUCAUCUAUCGCCAAUAACAGCUUUGAUCUUCGUACUUCUCGAGUAGGGUCUGCGUCUCAAGACAGAAAUGCAAUCAAUCAGCGUCCAACAUCGGGAUGUGGAUCUUCAGGUAUGCAGAACGCCCUCUACUGGUCAACGAAGUUUUGACCCACUGUUGAGGAAACAAAACAUCUUUAAACAAAACAAAACAAUUAAAUCAUGUUUGAUAUUUUCAUAAUCUUGAAGGAAGUGUCUUAUCUUUUUUGCGAUAAGAGAUAGACGUUGUUUUACACAUAUGCCAAAUAAUACCUGAGAUAGCUAUUAUUUUGUUGUGAACA